AUGGCCUCUCGUUUGAUGUUCUCUAAUGCUUUGAGGCGUCACGUUGGUAAUGGUUUGGUGAAGAAGUUUGCUCGCCCUUUUGCAUCAGAAACUGUUCUGUCCCCACCAAUUACACAAUCAACUUUACUUUCCAAUGGAUUAACAGUUGCCACAGAGACUAAUCCAUAUGCGCAAACGGCUACCAUAGGGGUCUGGAUUGAUGCUGGUAGCAGAGCUGAAAAUGAGAAGAAUAACGGGGCGGCACAUUUCCUUGAACAUAUGGCUUUCAAGGGCACGAAAAAUCGUACUCAGCAUCAACUCGAACUUCAUAUUGAAAAUAUCGGCGCUCACCUGAACGCUUACACCUCACGUGAGCAAACGGUUUAUUAUGCAAAGACGUUUAAAAAAGAUGCACCCGUUGCUGUUGAGAUCCUGUCCGACAUUCUUCAGAAUUCAACAUUGGACGAAGGUGCAGUUGAGCGAGAGCGAGAAGUUAUUCUCAGGGAGCAAGAAGAAGUAGAUAAGCUUCUUGAAGAAGUUGUAUUUGAUCAUUUACACGCAACAGCUUACCAAGGUCAUUCUUUGGGUCGUACCAUUCUUGGACCCAAGGAGAAUAUUCUUUCCCUUAAACGAGAAGACCUCCUUGAUUACAUUUCCAAGAACUAUACUGCUGAUCGCAUGGUUUUGGUGGGGACUGGUGGAGUUGACCACGAUGAACUUGUUAAACUUGCCGAAAAACAUUUCUCUUCACUCCCCACCUCACCAAAUGCUUUAUCAUUGGGUACUUAUUUAGAGAAGCCACCAUUUACUGGUUCCGAAAUUCGAGUAAGAAACGAUGAAUUACCUCAAGCUCAUAUAGCUAUAUCAGUGGAAAGCGUUGGCUGGACUUCGCCCGAUUAUUAUCCCAUUUUAGUUGCCCAAGCUAUAAUUGGAACUUGGGAUAGAUCUCUUGGAUCAGCUCCUCACACUUCGCCUCGUCUUUCCCAUAUUGUCCAUGAACAUCACCUUGCAAACUCAUACCAAGCUUUUAAUACAAGUUACAGUGACACUGGAUUAUUUGGAAUUUACCUCAUAAGUGAGAACAAAACGCAAUUGGAUGAUUUAGUUCACUUUACAUGUAAAGAAUUUUGGAGACUACAUACUUCGGUCACGGAAGCUGAAGUUGAGCGUGCUAAACAACAGCUGAAAGCAUCACUAUUGUUGAAUCUUGAUGGUACGACAGCCGUUGCGGAAGAUAUUGGACGUCAACUCAUAACGACAGGAAAAAGACAUAGUCCUCAGGAAGUGGAACUACUCGUAUCGAAAGUUACGGUAGAUGAUAUCCGUCGUGUGGCGGGAGAAUAUAUAUGGGAUAGGGAUAUUGCAGUUGUCGGUGUUGGACCAGUUGAAGCGCUUCCAGAUUAUAAUCGUAUACGCGGAGAUAUGGCUACGAACCGAUUCUAG